CUUCACCCAGUUGGAUUAUAUUUUGUUCUUGACAACUCAUAGAUUAUGUUUUAAUUUGUUAUUCUAGAUGGAUCCCAUAAAUGACUCUUUAGCAUCUAUGACUCCAACAAAAGAGAAAGAAAUCAAAUGUGGGACUUAGAUAUGGACAAAACUUUGUUUGAGUUCUUGGAUACCCAAGUUCCAGAGGGCAACAAAGCCCAAAAUGGAUUUAAGGAUGCAGCAUAUGUGCAGGUAGCUCAUGUUGUUAAUUCUUCCCAUGGAUUGAAUGUCAACAAAGAGCAUAUACAAAAUCGAGUAAAAAGUGUAAAGAAGCAGGUUUAUAGGACCCUCCGUGCAAUUGUCAAUAAAAGAGGCUUUGGCUGGAAUUCUGAACACAAGCAACUGACAUACCAUGAAGACAGCAUGUGGAACUCGUACAUAUUAGAGUACCCUGAAGCCAAGUACUAUAAAAACAAGAAAUUUGAGUUCUUUGAUAUUUGGGAGAACAUUUUUUGUGAGGACAUUGCAACUGGUCAGUGAGCCCAAACUUGAAAGACACAUAAUAAUAGCCAAAGUCAAUCAGAGGCAGGGGUAGGGAUCCAAUGGAUUCCGAUGACAUUGCCAAGGAAUCAGAUGCAAAUAUGGUGGGUGGGGACUCACAAGAGAGUUUCUUUACCGCCCAACAUCCAAUGACGUCACCUGGAGAUGGGUCUAGUGGGAAUCGAUAUACUCCAAGGCCAAAGAAAAAGAAGCUAAGUGUGAUUUUUGAUCACCUAGACACCAUUGUUGAAGGCAUCAAGGAUAUGACAGCUGCACUUCGAGAGCCGCUCAAGCAGCACAACCCUUAUCAGAUGGAUUUGACACCUAUACUCCGAGCCAUACGAGAGAUCCCUGAUAUUUCUGAUGUCAUAGCAAGUAGGUCAUUUGAAUCCUUGAAUGCAAAUCUAGAGCAAGCUAAUAUAUUUAUGUCA